AUGUCAGAUACACCAAAAACUUAUUCAAGGCGGUCCAGCCUACUGUCAACCUUUUUGGCUUCAUCAAAGAAAAAAUUGGCCCCAAGAUCAAGUUUGCAAUUCAAGAUCGGUCCUCAAUUUUCAACAACAUUGGUCAAUAAUGAUAUAAUCAACUCGAAAGGGGAAACUGUAAGACCAAUUAUCACCCCUAGAAUAGAUAGAGGUUUUGAGAUGAUUGAUAAUGAGUGGGUGGGAUAUAAAAGAAAUUAUUUCACAUUGGUUAGUGCUUUUUGCUUCAAAAAUACAUCUUUUCUGAAAUUUGUUGGUGAUAACUAUUUUACAAUUGAUCCAGAGACAAAACAGAAGGUUGAAAUUGAAUAUUUUGCAUUGAAAUUAACUUCCAAAUGUGCGGAUGAUGGUAGUCAAGUUGUUUUGGUUCAACACACAGCUAAAAGAGAUAGGGGACCCCAGGUAGAACCACCUACACAUCCUGCUGUUCCUGGUGAUCUCCCAGAUCAUACCACAAUUAGGGAAGCUGCCAAUGUUAGAAACACUUCCAAAAUUGCAAAGUUAAACAGAGUCUUCUUUUUUGAUAGAAAUGAUACAAACAAUGGUCUGAUAAAUAUCCGUGGUUUGAUGGACUACCCUAAUGAUAAAAUUAUCAAAGUUGCAAGAUAUGAAAGAAUCCAAUUCUCUUCUUCAAUAAAUUAUAAAAAACCUUCGUUGAACAAUAAAAGAUUCAAACUUUAUGUUGAGCUUGUUGGGCAUACUUCAAAGGGAAGUUUUGUACCAUUAGCCCACACAGAAACACCGCCAUUAAUAGUCAGAGGAAGAUCGCCAUCUAAUUACCAAGGUCAUGAAAGUGAUAACACUCCAAUAGAUAUGAGUGAAACGAUUCACUCGACACCAUUAGAAAGCCUUGAUGAUUAUGACACAUAUCAAAUAUUAAAAAUGGCAACUGAAGAUUUGCAAGCUAGCCCUUGCAUUGAAUCAAGACCUAAGAAAAAAAGGGGUAGAAAACCAAAACCAAAGUCAGAAAUCCAGUCUGUCAAAAAGCAAAAAACUCACAAAUCUCAAAAGAAAAAUAUAGUCAAAAAAAGCUCAGGUCACAAAGCAAAAACAAAUUCAGAGACUAACAGCACAAACUUCUUUAGUCAACAUGAUGAUACACCUUUAUCAAAUUUUAUUGAUGACUCUUUAUUGCGCCCGUUUAGCUUUGAAACACCAGAUUUUAAUGAUGUAACAAAAACACCUUCACCAGUUCUUAAUAUGUAUCAUUCUAAAUUGAAUAUACAAGAUGAAAAUGUGGAUCCAUAUGAGUUUGACGACUCGGCACAUUUGGUUGAUCUUUUUGAUACUCAAAUGAGUUAUUCAGGGGUUGAAAGACCGCAUUUGACUAAUAUAACUAAUUCACAUUCUAAAGAGCAUCAACAUUCAACCAAUACUAUGGGUAACUAUGAUACUGAGCUUAUGCAAUUGAAAGGACACCUCAAGAAAGAGGAACCUGAUGAUUGUUUCCAUGGUGAGUUUGCAAAAAUAAACCCAUCUGAAAUGUUGCAAGUUGGUGAUUAUGAAGAAGGACCAAGCUUCAUAUACAGCUAA